CUCGAGGUGUUUAUGACACAGGACCCAGUGGGCACCAGAGGCAAAUGCCCUCCAGCCUGUGAGCGGAAUCGUGGGGACCCCCAGCCAGAGGAGCCUUGGCUGCCGGGGACAGCUGGGAGACCUCCCCUCCUCUCCGUGCCUGGCUGGAGCAAAGGCACUGUUUGGAAGCAGAGUUGACCCGAGUCGUGGGGUGUGGCCAGGGGUCUCUGGUGCAGACUCUUCUGUCGUGCUUGGUCGGAUGUUCCUAUAAUCCCUGCUCUGCCGCAGGGGGUCAGCACUUUAUGUGGAGUCAUGGGCAGCUGUCGUGCGACCAUGGACUGGUCUGAGUUGCUGGUCCUUUCCCGGCAUAGGGCAGCCACCCCUAACCUGGACCUGGAGAGCAAGAAAACACCCCACUCCAAAUUGCCAUGGCAACAGCCUGUGAACGUGUUCCUGGCGGCAGGCAGGUCGCCCUGCGUGGAGGAGCUGCACCAGGAGGCCCAGUUCAAUCUCCAGAGCUUGCUACAAGAGGAGUAUGAGGAGCAGUACACAGAGGCUAGGGUCACUGGUCAGACCUUCCGCUACGCCAGCCACCUGCCCCUGGACACGCCCCCUGAGCCCUCUCCCAGGCCCCUGCCCACCAAGCGCCUGGAGUUCGUGUUUAUGCCCGCAGCCCGGCAAGUGAAUGAGGACGAGGCCACCACACUGGGUGUGAGGCCCCCAGAGCCGUUUCUGAGCCUGCCCACCACCCCAGACAAGCAGCCGGCCUGGACCCGAGCCUUCCCUUUGCCCACCGUGGAGGAGAAGAGGUGGCACCAAUCCUGCUCCAUCCAAGCCAACAUUGUCCCCAUCAAUGUCUCUGGACAGCAUUUUGAUAGGCACGCAAGUGCGCGGCACUCCUUGUUUAACACAGAGACCGCGGUGAACCCCAAGUCCACGCUGCGGCGGAGACGGACCAUUAUCGGAUUCCCUAACCUCGCGCUGCGAGACCAAGGCAGCAGCAACGGCCCCAUGUUCAUGCCGCACACAACCAUAGGGGAGUCGGUCUCCUGCAGCUUUGUCCCUGAGGCUGCAAAUGGGAAGAGCGUGUCCCGGAAGCCCUGCACCCCGCAGCCCCUAGCAGCGCCACUGAGAAAGACAUUCAGUGACCUUGGGGGAGGCCUGCAGGCGCGCUGCUACCAGCCUCCUGCCAGGAUGGAGAGCACAACCAUGGCUUGCACCAGCCCUGCCUGCAACGGGCCAAAGGACACCACCUUUUCCCCUCCCUGGAACACGGCUUCCUUCAACUGCUUGAGCCUGGCUGAGGAGGACGCAACAUAUCCCUCACCCGGCGGCUCCCUGGAGUCUCCAGCCCUGGGCUCGCCUGAGCGCUGCGACGGUGCGGCCUCAUUCUUCAUCGCGAAAGACGAGCAGCCAGGAAGCAACGGGCCCCAUGUGUUCCCCUGCACUGCUCCAGAGUCCUCACUGAAUGCUGCCAGCAGCCAGACACCUGAGGGGAGAGAGGCCAAGGUGACUUUCCUGGCCGGUGGCGCAGAAGAGGCCACACCCUCCCGGCUGGAGCUGGGAGUCAGGGCCUGCCCCUUCCGCGAGAGGUCGCUGUCUGUGCCCACAGACUCAGGCUCGCUCUGCUCUGUGGACAUCACUUACCCUGAGAACAGGAGAGGCAGCGGGACCUAUGCCCUGAGCUACCCCAGCGCCAGCUCUGAGGGCAGCACCAGCACGGACAAUGUCUCCCUGGGGGUGGAGCAGGAUGCCCAGCGGAGGCACCGCUCCAAGAGCAUCUCUCUCAAGAAGGCGAAGAAGAAGCCGUCUCCCCCCAUGCGCAGCGUCUCACUGAUUAAAGACGGGCAGGGGCUCAGCACAGAGCCUGGCACAGUGCUGCCAAAGGAGCUGCGGCCCAAGAGCCUUUGUCUCCCCUUAGAGCCUCAGGGCUGUGGCAUGGUGCCCACGGACACCCAGGGUAACACAGCAGUGCCUCCUACCAGGGACCUGGACAGCGGGCAUUUUUCCCAGCACUGGUGCCUCGCAGACUGGAAAGCCAGCGAUCCCUACCAGUCCCUGUCCGGUUCCAGUACUGCCACGGGUACCACUGUGAUCGAAUGCACCAAGUCCCAGGGCAGCUCCGAGUCCCUCCCCUCCCCCUCCAUUUCCAGGGCCACUACGCCUUCCCAGCUCUCCACGGAAGUGGAGCUAAAGAUCUCCUCCCCAGGGCCACCCGCGAGGCUGAUGUCCCCCUCCAGUGGCUACUCCAGCCAGUCGGAGACCCCAACACCGACCAUCCCCACCUCGGCGAUUCUCGGGCACUCUCCCCACCAGACCGUCAGGGUGAGACCGCUGGUGCCCGAAAGGAAGUCCUCCCUGCCCCCUCCAUCACCCAUGGAAAAAAGCCCCAAGUCCCGGCUCUCCUUCGACCUGCCUGUCACGCCGCUGACGCACCUGGACCUUUCUGGGCUGAAGAUCUCACUCAAGGGGAAGACCAAGGUGAGCAGGCAUCAUUCGGACUCCACCUUCGGGACCAAGCUUGGCCCAAAGACGAGCCCGAUCCAGCCCGUCAUGCCCAUGGUCACCCAGUCGGACCUGAGGUCCGUGCGCCUGCGCUCCGUCAGCAGAUCCGAGCCAGAGGAUGACCUGGACAGUCCAGACCAUGCCGAGGAGCAUGGGGGCGACGCCAUACCACUUCCGGGAAGGAAAGCAAAGCCGCCUGUUGCAGAGAAGCCACCACUGGCCAAACGGCCCCCAAACAUCAUGGCCAAGCCCCCGCCUCUGCAGGAGGAGUCUCCCCUGGCAUCUCCCACCUCCCCACCCACGCCACAGGGCACCUCUGCCCAGGAGAGGGGGCUGCAGGACAUCUACAUGGUCAUUCGGAAACCCAAGCCUAAGAGGAGCCCAGAGGCCAGGAGCCAUGGAGAGCCCCCCUCUCCACUAGAGCCCUCCCAGGGCUGCCCAGGGAUCUUUUUCUCAGGACUGCGGCGACUGUCCCAGAGCAGCCUGGAGGAGGAAACCAGAGCCCAGCUGGAGAGGAGCGGCGCCCCCCAUGGGCCCGAGGGGGAGAAGAGGAAAGCCAAAGUCCCACCCCCCAUCCCCAAGAAGCCCAGUGUGCUGUACCUGCCGCUCACCCCUCCUCCGCCCCACCUGGGAGCCUGCCCAGGGGAUCCCAGGCUAACACCCAGCCCCAUCAUCACCUUGCACGAGGACACCAGCUGCUGUGACCCAGACGCAGACUACCUGCCAUCACCCGAGGCCAUGGGGAAGAACUCGAGCCCAUCAGCUGCUGCCACGCCUGGGGAGAUUCCUGCAGGCGAUUCCAUGGAGCUCAGCGCUGAUGAGAGGAGUUUUGUAAGUGACAAAACAGCUGAGUCGAUAGUGGAAGAGGAUGACGAUGUAUUUGUGACGACCCGUACGACAGAGGAUCUAUUUACCGUCAUCCACAGGUCGAAGAGGAAGCUGCUGGGCUGGAAGGAGCCAGGAGACGCCUUUGGCAGCAGGCAGAAUUCUCACUCCCCAGUGAAGAACCCAGCCGAGCUCCCAGCCUGUGAGUCCCCCCCAGUGGGGGGUGGCCCCGGCAGAGCCUCCAGUCGGAAUGAAGACUUCAAGGCCCUGCUACAGAAGAAAGGCAGCAAGACCAGUCCCGGGACUCGCACCUCCGCAGCAGAGCUUCUCAAGAGCACAAAUCCGCUGGCUCGGCGGGUCAUGAUGGAGUUUGCCCCUGAGUUAGACAACCCAAGUGGUGCCAGAACCCAGCCCUGACCACCCCGAGUUCAUCCUGGCCAGGGAGGGGUGGAGACAGCAUUGCUGGGAGUUUUAUGCUGGCUCUUCAAAGCCCAACUUCAGCUGCAGGGGCUGCACCCUCCCAGGCUGGUGCUGUGAGGACAUCCUGUCCUGCUGGGAUUUGUAUCAUUUUUUCCUUUCUUUAUUGGCAAUUUACGAAUCUUUUUUGUGUCUCCCUGGGGACUCCAGCAGACGGAAGGUAAAUGUCUUAACUACAGAGCCCGUACCCCUGUGCAGUCGGCUCCUGGCAUCAUUUCUGGUGGAGAUACAGUGGAAGGAGACGGCUGUGGAAUGGAGAAGACAGACAUCGGUCAUCAUGAGCAGGGCCAUCAUCAGAUGAUAGUGGGCUUCCCAUUCAUUCCCAGGGUCUGAUGACAAAUGUGGACUUGCCUCCUGCUCUUUGGGGCUCUGCAAAUGGACUCCAGUUCAGCCCCAGUUGUAACCCAGUGUCCACGACGAAGCUAGCUUGAAACUGUUUAGUCGCUUUGGCGUGUGGUACUUUAAAUGGCUUUGAUCAUGCAAAAUGUUGAUGAUGUUUUUUCUCUUUCAUUUGAUCUUGUAAUUUUCAUUCCCUGGGCAAAGUCCCCAGUGUUGAGUUGAGCUGAACAGAUGGAAAUUCCCGGCAGCAGAGACAGAAAGGCCAGUUAGAAUGUAGGUUGCUUUGGAAGAACCGAGAUGCUUCAGACCCAUUGUUCAACCAAAGCGACCCUCAGUCACUCACUCGCCAGUUCUAACGCUCUUCUGAGAGCUUCCACCAUCAACUCGAUGCCAGCUGCCAGCCCCUGGUAAUGCUGCAGGGAGAGAACUGGGCCUGUUGUCAGCCAAGAGGAAGGAACAUCCAGCACUGAUAAUCAGAGAGGGAGCAAGCCAAGGCUAGGCCCAGCCCUGCCAUGAGUGCUGUGUGCUCAGCCCAGUGGGAAUCUGUCUGGGCACAAGGGGCCACAUGCUCUUAGCAGGACCAAGGCCUGAAAUGGCGAGUGCCUGGGGCAAACGGAUCCUUGGUGUAGCCUGGCUACCCUUGGGAUUCUGUUCAGGAUGACUUUGGCCCAGCUGACCUACAAAAGGAAGUGCUUUUCUGCAAAGAAAAUAUGAAGGUUGAAGCAACUUGCUGAAGACCGACUUAGCUAGAGGCACUUGGCGAGUCAUUGGCAAAAUGGCUUGUGUCUCCUCCGCUGGCUCUCUGUGUCUUAUAGGAUUGAAGGGCAUCAUAGGAGGCCACGGACUCAGCCUCACCAGGAAUCUUCAGAGCCUGGUUCCUCCUGUCCCUGCUGGAAACAGUCUAGAGAGUCUAGGGUCCUACUGGCAUGGAGCAUGGGAGGAACCCACAGCAUGGCCGUCCCUGCCCAGACACCAAGCAUCCCAGAGACCAGCCCCGGGGAGUUCUGCCCAAACCAUAUUGUAGCUGGCCUUGAGGAAUGAGACCACUCCUCUCCUGUGAAUCAGAUGAGAAUCGUGUCUCAGGAGGUGCUAGGCAUGGCUUAUUUUCCUUCCUAAGACAAACUCUUACCUAUCAAUCUGAUCUGACCUCAGAUAUCUCCCACCGGCCCGCCCGCCUUCCCUCUAGGAUAUCUGAGGAGUCUGUCACCUUGCUCACAAAACACACUUUACCCAUGCUCUAGUGUGUCCCUCCAAGGCAGGCAGGCUGCCGUUCGGUGGAGUUACGCCUGGGCUGAGCCAGGCGCCAUGUUCCUGUGACACAGGAGUAUUGUAUGUGCGCACAGCUGGGCCAUCCUGCUCCGUGCACACUUGUCACACGCACAGUGGGUGGCUGCUGAAGUGACAAGGAUGCACAAAUCCUGGCCGAGUUGUGUACAGGCUGCCUGGCAGCAGCCCAACCCCCCCUUAAAUGCGGUGACAAUCACUGAAGAGCCGAGGCCCCAGCCUGCUUCCAUCCCCAGCCCCCAACACACACUCAGGCAGUGCCCUACUCCCCAUUGGCACUUGCACUGCAAGCCCCUGGGCUGGCUGGCCUGCUCCCUGCUAGUCAGCUUUGGGUUGUCUGAGAGGUGCCUGAGCCAUAACUGGAUUUCAGACCCCUCCAAGGAGAGGAAUGUUGGGUCAGGGGUUUGCUCUGGCCCCAUUCUUGGCUUUCAGGUAACAGAUUCCCCUCUCCUGAGCGUCCACCUGUUCAGGGGCGGC